UAGUCGUCGUCCUUAUUCAGGCCUAAGCAAUCGUUCCCGAAUGAAUCGAUUAGAAGAGGAGUAUGCUGGGAAAGAUGGCAUCUUCUGAACAACCUGAUCCGCAAACACAGCCUCGUGCUCCGUCCAGAGAUGACGUUGCCCCCAGAGAAGCACUGAUUGCCACAGCUGUGAAAUUUUUACAGAACCAUAAAGUCCGUCAAAGUCCACUGGAAACCAGAAAAGUUUUCCUGAAGAAAAAAGGUUUGACUGAUAAGGAGAUUGAGCUUGCCAUCCAGCGCUCGGGCAGUACUGACAAACCCCUGGCCCUUACCCCUGUGGGACCCCAGUACCCUCUCCUUGCCCCCCAGCUGGCACCUAUACCCUACAGUCCCCGUGGCUACAGAUGGAGAGACUACGGUGCCCUCACUGUCAUCAUGAUGGGCAUGGCCUUUGGCUUCCAUCACCUCUACAAGAAAUACAUCCUUCCCCUCAUUAUGGGCAGCAAAGAGGACAAGAAGCAUCUGCAGAGAAUCGAGAGCAACAUCGCCGAGAUGAGUGGCACGCUGACACAGACAGUGACCCAGCUCCAGCAGACCCUGGCUACAGUACAGGACCUCCUGGUCCAGCAGCAGCAGAAAAUGCAUGACCUGUCUCAGGAGCUAUCUACCUCUGAGGCAUCCUCUUCAACCAACCGCAUCCUGGAUACCCAGACCAUCGGCGAUCUGAAAGCUGAAAUAGGGUCAUUGAAGGGCUUGCUUCUCGGCAGGAGGCAGUUCCCCGCAUCACCAUCCGUCCCAAAGAUUCCCUCCUGGCAGAUGCCCCUGAAGCCAGCCACCAUCUCCACCAGCUCUCCUUCCAUCAACCAUACCAACAGCAGCAGCGACAUCUCCCCCGUCAGCAACGAGUCGGCUUCCUCCUCCCCCAUCAAAGAUGGCCGCCACAGCCCCCAAGAUGCCCUGGGAGGUCCCGACGGAGCCCACGGCCUCAACGGAGAGAAUGGCGUGGGGCUGGGAGGAGGAGCCACACUGCCCCCCCUGGACCUUAAGGAUCAGGUCCGCAUGGAGGUCCAGGGUGAGGAGGAGAAGAAAGAGGAGGAUGUGAAGGAGGAAAAAGAAGAAGAAGAGGAGGAGGAGGACGACGUGAGCCAUGUGGAUGAGGAGGAGCAUCUGAGCGUGCCAGCGGAGGAUCGUCGAGGGGGGGACGGACAGAUCAACGAACAGGUGGACAAGCUGAGGAGGCCCGAGGGGGCCAGCAACGAGAGCGAGGUGGAUUAGACCAGACCGUGAGCACAAAGCACAACAAAACCCCUUUUUCCUUAUGGUUCUCACUUCAUUUGAAGGUCCUGUUUCAGUCUGGUCCCAUUUGACCAUCCUUUCUGUAACUGUACUGUUUUGCCUCUGUUAUAUAGUGAACAAUCUCAAUUAUGAGCGAAGGUUUAAGAAACACAGCAAAAAAAGGUUAAUGUUGGUGUGUCUGGCACUUGUAAGCACCUGGCUUACAUCAAUUUACUAUUCAUCAUUCAAACAAAACGAUUGCAUGCCUGGGAAAGUAAUGUUAAGUUUCUGCAGGAUGGGGGAGAUAAGAGCAAUAUUCAAUACAAAUUACUAUCAAAAAUGAUUUGCAAUCCUGCUUUCUCUUAUUCCUUGUGUGGCACUUGGUACUGUCAAUUUUCAUGACUGACAAUAAUCACCUGGUGUAGUGAGCUUGGUUUGCAAUGUGUUAUUGUAUCUUAGCUCAUUUGAAAAAUAAUUUGAGGUUGUGUCCCAAAUGGCACCCUAUUCCCUAUGUAGGAUGUGUCCUAAAUGGCAUCCUAUUCCCUAUGUAGGAUGUGUCCCAAAUGGCACCCUAUUCCCUAUGUAGGAAUGUGUCCCAAAUGUCACCCUAUUCCCUAUGUAGGAUGUGUCCCAAAUGGCACCCUAUUCCCUAUGUAGUAUGUGUCCCAAAUGGCACCCUAUUCCCUAUGUAGAAUGUGUCCCAAUUGGCACCCUAUUCCCUAUGUAGAAUGUGUCCUAAAUGGCACCAUAUUCCCUUAUGUAGGAUGUGUCCCAAAUGGCACCCUAUUCUCUAUGUAGGAUGUGUCCCAAAUGGCACCCUAUUCUCUAUGUAGGAUGUGUCCCAAAUGGCACCCUAUUCCCUAUGUAGGAUGUGUCCUAAAUGGCACCCUAUUCCCUAUGUAGAAUGUGUCCCAAAUGGCACCCUAUUCUCUAUGUUUUGACAAGGGUCUAUAGAACUUUGGUCAAAAGUAUUGCACUAUAUAGGGAAUAGGUUGCCAUUUGGUACCCAUCCUGGUAACCUGUUCUGUACACCAAAGAAAUCGUAUGCUCCUCUAUAUUCUUCAGUUCUAGGUCAGGAGUCAGACGGCUUGUCCCCCUGUACUCGUCUCAAAGUCACCCCAGAGAUCACUGAAAGCAUUACUGGGACUGCGUCUGAAACGAAACCCUAUUCCCUAUACGAUUCACUACUUUUGACCAAUAGUAGGGCACUCCAUAGGGAAUAGGGUGCCAUUUCAGACGUAGCCUGUCAACAGAGCCGAGGGAGAGGACAAGCAGCGUUAGGCUAGGGCAGCGUUAGGCUAGGGCAACGUUUAGGAUCUUUCAUGUGUCCCCUCACAUUGGUGUCAGUCUGUCAAUAAUUCAGAAAGGCCAGGAGGUGGCAUUUGGGCUGAAAUAAAAGCCUUGAAAUUUGAGAUUAGAACACGACGACGGGUUUUGUUCCACGAGCGUUCAAGAACGCUGAAAGGAAGGGAAGAUAAAUGUGUUUUUUUUUACCUCUCUCUAAAGGGGCUGCCUCGUGCAUUCUGUCACUCUGUAUGUGGUGAGAGAGAUCCCAGCCUGCCUCUUCAGCUGCAUCUCAGUCUCCAGCAGGGCUAGCUGAAUUGGUUUAUGAAGUAUGUUAAUAAUCAAAUGAUCAACAAAUAACAGAUGUAUUAGUUCAUGCAGCUUGAAAUGUCAAGGAGGCUAAAAGCGGAAAUCUAAUCGCGAAAGCCCUGUUGUAUUAUAUUUUAUUUCAUGACAAACCCUCCGGUCCAAAUUAUAUAGGCCUCCUACAGUGAGUAAUCUUUUACGCUAAAAUGGCGCCAAUAUUUUGUAAUUAAACCGUAUAAAACAAUGGAUGUCGCCAUGGAUGUUGUGGCAGGUGGGAAUCUAGCUCUGAAGGCAGAGGUGGGGGCGGGAGGGGAACUGAAAGUAAUGUAUGAAUACUUACCUUAUUAAAUUUCUCACUCGCCAGCUGAUGAGAGAGAGAAAAAAGGUCCACGAGUGAAAAUGAGGGUAUCAGCUCUCUUGUGGUAUUUUAACUUGCAUCAAAGGGCCUUCAAAGUAACAAUAACGGUAGAGGUAGGUGAACCUUUCUAAGUGGCAGCAGUCAUACUCCGCAAACGCUGUGUCUAUUAGAAUAGAAGUAACAGGGUAGUAAAGAAUCUGAAGUAUGAUACUGUCAUGAGAGAUUUUUUUGUUUGCAAUUGUAUUUGACUUGAUCUGACAUUCUAAUCUAUGAAUUUGUCUUUGAAUGAAGACCACUUGCUGAUAAUGUGGCAGAAUUGCUAAAAUGAGAGGUCCCCAAGUGUCACUCAUGCCUUUUAAACUACUGUAGUUUCACUGACUGGUCCUCUAUGUAUAAAAUGUACCCAGCUUAUAGUUCUGACUGUAUGAGCUUCUGAUAUCAAACAGAAAUGUAUAUUAUUGUAAUAAAUUUGGUUUAUCUCAA